UGUUGGACGCGCUACAGUGGUUAUCUGUUAAGCAAAGGAUUUAUUACUUGACAAUGGUGUUCAUCUUUAAAAUUUAUAAUGGAAUGCUGCCUCGAUAUUUGUGUGAUCGAAUUGAACGAGGAAUAGGUCGCAAAACUCACUUUUGUAUAAAGGAAAAAAUUUCUUCAAUUCGAUGCCCAGAUAUAUUAAAAGAGCGGCAACAAUGGCUGAGUUCAAAAAACUGUGCGUCAUACAUGUGAAAUCUGUGUUAUAAAUUGUGUUGUCUGUAAUAAUUUGCAGGUGCAUAAGCUACUAUGUUCGUACUGAUGAUGAUGGAUUUUUUUAUUGCAUUGUUUUUUUUUUUAGUUUUUUAGACUGAAAAGCGAAAACAGAUAUACUAUGUAAACUUUUUAGGAUCUACAGUGGAAACCGGAUUUAAUCUCGGGAUAGCCCCGUCGGGAUACUCGUAAGCUAUCGUAUUAGCAGAUGGUUAUAUCGAGGUUUCUCUGUACUGUGGCAGAUCUCAGAGACUUCUUCCGAGUUUAGCGAGCGAUGUCAUAGCAAUGGAGGCGAUAUGCGUCUUCCAAGUUUUGAAGCAAGUUUCCAACGAAGUACCAAGGAUGACUAGUAAUGCAAUGCGGAACGUACACGAAGAUGGAUUUUGGGCAGCUUCCAGGCCAAUAGAUCGAUAAGGCAACGGAUCGAGAGCUCGUUUCAUCAUCAAGAACCUACCUACAUAAAACCAAUUCUAAAAUUCCGGGUCAUAAGUGUUAAGUGUACCCACAAUUCGUCUAUAAUCUUAUCUCCAUGCUGAUUUUUACACUUGUUCCACCGUGGAGUGUCUAUAAAACAAUCGCGCGACUAUGUUUCCGAAUUAGUUUCGUUCGAACGCGGAGGCAAAUGAGUGCAAAAAUUAUUAUCAUUGGCGCGGGAGCUGCCGGAAUAGCGGCCGCAACGCGACUGUACGAAAAAGGUUUCAAAAACCUCCAAAUUCUGGAAGCCACCGAACGCAUUGGAGGACGCGUGGCAACGGUCGAUUUCGGCAAGAAUGUGGUCGAGAUGGGUGCCCAGUGGGUGCACGGGCAGAAGAAUAACGUCGUAUACGAACUGGCUGGUCCCUUGGGACUACUGGAAUCUUCGGUGGUUGGCCGGAAUAACAUUUAUAUUCAGAGCAGCGGUGAAAUUGUGCCGACAGAAAUCUCCGAUCGGUUGAUGUCACUCGCAGAUGGGAUUGUGGGAUCGGAAGAGUUCGCGUCCUACAAUGGAACAAUGGGAGACUUCGUAACAGCACGGUUUACGGAAGCCAUGCAAGAGGAACAAAUGCAGGAUAUUGACCCUGUGUUAGCGCAACAAUUUUUAGUGUUUUUUCACAAUUACGUACGUGGAUACAAUGCGUUCGACUCGUGGUACAACAUUUCCGCUUCGGGAUUCGCGGAUUAUGAGCUCAGUGAAGGGGACCAGAACCUCAGUUGGAUGGGCAAAGGUUUCAAAAGUGCAUUGGAUUUGUUGAUGAAGAGACAUCCAGCGCAGAAUGAUGAACCGAUUCCGAUUGAUACCAAAAUUCUGUUCAAUAAGUUUGUUACGAACAUCAAUUGGAACAAAGGCCCUGACAAUCCGCUAACAGUGAGCUGUUCCGAUGGAACCAAAUACGAUGCAAAUCACGUCAUUUUAACAACUUCUCUGGGUGUUCUUAAGGAUAACAUAACCACAGUUUUCACCCCAGAAUUGCCCACCAUAAAACAGAACGCCAUUAAGGGCAUUUACUUUGGGGCGAUUAAUAAAAUCUUUAUGGAGUUCAAGACGCCCUUUUGGCGCGAUCUAGGGAAUACGUUUGGGUUGCUGUGGGAUGCGAACGAAUUGGAAGAGUUGCGUACUACGGAAUAUGCUUGGACUGAGGGAUUAUCGCUAUUCAUCACAAUCGAUCGGCAGCCGAAUUUGUUGGCUGCAUGGAUGAUCGGUAAAGAAGGACGCCAGUCAGAACUUUUGGACGACGAACAGAUAAUAGACGGAUUGAUGUUUAUACUUCGAAAAUUUUUUAAGUCGAAAAACGUUGAGAAGCCGGCUUCAAUUCUACGGUCGAAAUGGUCCACGGAUCCCAACUUUCGAGGAACGUAUUCAUCCUCUUCGCUGUUUGCUGAGCAACUUGGAACGGGUCCUGGCGAUUUGGCGCUUCCUCUAACUGAUUGCCUGGGAACCCCAGCGCUACUCUUCGCGGGUGAAGCGACAAACACGGGUCGCUUCGGAACUGUCCACGGUGCUGUCGAAAGUGGUUGGCGUGAAGCAGAUCGAGUUGUAGAGUUUUAUGAGAAGCAGAAAGGAACCUCUAAGUAGUAGAAGUAUGUGGUAUUGUUGGUUAUUCUCAUU